AAUUUAGAGAUGUAAACAAGUCUGGAUAUGCAAAGGCGUUACUUUACAAAUCUCCCCCCAAAAUGUUGACCGUUUUGUUCCUCUGCCGGAAUUGCCAGGAACUUUCCACCGUGGACACGAUAUUUCGCUGUGCUGAUCACUGUGUGGCGCUAGUGGGGCUGUUGUGUACAAAGUGUCACUCUGUGAUUGGUCGCGAAUUCCGGCACACGUUCUUCAAGAGUGUUUAGAUUUUUCUAUCGGUUUUCCCAUCUGAUUUUCUUAUCAAAUUGCCACCAAAGAGCUUCCAAUUUGUUGACGUGGUGUUUGAUUUACUCACUGAGAGACAAUUUUCAGUUCGGCAAGUGGCGUGCGAAGUGAACAUCAAAUUGAAGGAGACAAACAUUGUGGCUGCACAAUUGACGCAUAUUUUCUGAGAAAGACAGGGAUUUUUCCUGCAGAAUCUAGAAAAGUUCUGAGAAUUCACUUCUCUCAGUAUCAUAUCUUGUGAUCCAGACAGCUGUUGGAGGAGCAUUCGUCUGCCAAAUGUUCAGGAAGCUAGGUUAUGUCAUUCUCCUGACCAUCACUGCUGCGCUCGUCGCUCCGCUGGACGCCCAAGUGGCCCCGCCUGUGCCAUCUGCCGGGGACUCCAAGAGUGGCAAGAAUGUGAAGCUGCCGCCGUGCAAGUCGUGCCGCGUGCUGGUGGACUCCUUCCAGGCCGGCGUCCGGAAGACGGAGCGCGGCAAGCACGGCGGCGGCGACGCAGCGUGGGAGGAGGAGCGCCUGGGCAGCUACAAGACUAGCGAGCUGCGCCUCGUGGAGAUCCAAGAAGGCCUGUGCCACGAUCUGACCAGAGGCACGGCACAGUGCCACGAUCUGGCCGAGGAGAACGAGCAGGUCAUCGAGGAUUGGUGGUUCAAGCACCAGAAUGAGGAGCCGGAUCUCUUCAAAUACUUCUGCAUAGACAAGCUCGCCGUGUGCUGUCCUGACCUGCACUUCGGCGCUAACUGCGAUCCGUGCAGCGACUGCCACGGCAAUGGUCAAUGCAAGGGAAAUGGCACGCGCAAAGGCAACGGCAAGUGCCUCUGCGACACUGGCUACGCCGGCGAGGGAUGCACGGAUUGUGCUCUGCACUUCUACGAGGCGUUCCGCGAUGACACGAAGCUGCUGUGCACACCGUGUCACGCCGCGUGUGCCAACGGCACCGGCUGCAAAGGCCCGGGGCCGCGCAGCUGCAACGCAUGCAGCAAGGGCUGGGCGGCGGCGUCCGGCGAGGGCAGCGGCUGCUUGGACGUCAAUGAGUGCCUGGAAGUGAGGAACGCUUGCCAGAAGAAUCAGUUCUGUGUCAACAACGAGGGCUCGUUCUUGUGCCUGGAGUGCGACAGAUCGUGCAACGGAUGCUCAGGCGAUGGACCAGAUCUCUGCACCGCGUGCGCCGAUGGAUUCGAGCUCAGGGACGGAUUGUGCACUGACACUGCCGGUGAGAAGCGCGAGCAAUACGUGACAAUGACGCGGUAUUUGACGUAUCUCGGGCUGUGCAUAGCGACUUGCGUGAUCUUCCAGAGCUCCACCUGGAUCGCCUCUCUCGUGGGACUCGCGGUGGCGCUGUACAUCUCCGUGUCUGAGUAUUGGCUGGCCGGAUCGUCGGCAAAGGGCGGCAGUCCCACGAUUCCGGACCACCUGAUGAAUGAGUUGCGCGGCAAGUGA